GGCUCUGGAACCUGCGUGCGGGGGCCCCGAGGGGCAGGAGCGGGCAGCCUCGCGAGGCGCCGGCACUUCCUCCCAGGAAGCACAUCCUGUCCGUGUCUGGCCGGCAGGGCUGCUGUUUGUUGCAGUUGGCUACGCCCUCAGCUCACCAAAAACAGCCUCAAAAAAAUCAUUUCCAGGGGAAGAGGGCGCACACACUUCCUCACGGCGGCCCACUGCCUCCGGGACCAGCACCACGCGGCGGUGACUCCAGGAGAGGACACAGGCGUCACCGCCGCCCGCUGCACCCCUGCCUGUCCCAGCAGCUCUCCGCGGUGGCCCACAAGCAGGCUGGCCUGGGGAGUGUGGCCGGGACAGACACCCCUGCCGCCAGCUCCCCAGUUACUUUGUUCCUUGCUGCCCGCAAGCGAGAAGAGCCGCCGCCGCCGCCCACGUCCCCACGUCCCCACGUCCCGGGAAGACGGUGCAGGACCCUGGGCCCUCGCCGCCCUGCGUCCUCGGGAUGGGCCUCGCGGCAAGGGCGCCCUGCACCGGCCUGGCCCUGCUCCAGGCGCAGGAAGCCGGGUGAUCGGCAUCAAGCGUGGGGACCCCGCGGCCCCGCUGAGCCCCGCGCGGCCCCAAGAAUGAGCGGCGACGUCCUCUAGCCUCCCAGCACCCACUCGAUCCCCUCGGCGCCCCACAGUGGCCCAGACUUUGGAUUUCCUGCGCAGCAGACAGCGCAGCGGCUGGCAAUGACCAUCCAGAAACUGGUGGCCUCGGCCGUGCUGGUGGCCCUCGUCUCCCUGGUGCUUAACAAUGUGGCGGCCUUCACUCCCAACUGGGUGCACCAGACGCUGGAUGAUGGGCGCCGGCGCAGUGUGGGGCUCUGGAGGGCCUGCUGGCUGCCGGACAGGGCGCGCGGGGGGCCGGGCCCCGGCGCCAAGCCCGCGCUGGCCGACGAGCACGAGUGUGAGGCCCUGAGCUGGGGCUCGGAGGCGGCCGGCUUCCAGGAGGCGCGGGGCACCGUCAAACUGCAGUUCGACAUGAUGCGCGCCUGCAACCUGGUGGCCACCGCAGCGCUCGCGGCGGGCCAGCUCACGUUCGUGCUGGGACUGGCAGGCCUGCCGCUGCUGUCGCCCGAGUCCCCAUGCUGGGAGGAGGCCAUGGCCGCCGCGUUCCAGCUGGCGAGCUUUGUCCUGGUCAUCGGGCUGGUGACCUUCUACAGGAUCGGCUCCUAUACCAGCCUGUCCUGGUCUUGCUACCUGAACAUUGGCGCCUGCCUCCUGGCCACCCUGGCAGCCGCUGUCCUCAUCUGGAACAUUCUGCACCGCAGGGAGGACUGCAUGGCACCCCGCGUCAUCGUCAUCCGCCGCUCCCUCGCAGCCCGCUUCCGCCGCGGGAUGGACAACGACUAUGUGGAGUCCCCCUGUUGAAAGCCCCUGCUGACGAGUGUCCACUGUUAACAGUGGGGCUGUCUGGAGACGGGGGCCUGCAGAGCCUGCCUCACUGCUGUGCAGAUGGGCAGGGGUAAGGGUCCCCUGUGCGCAGGUGUGUUGGACACUCGUGUACGUCACUGUGUUAUAUGUGGUAUGUAUAGGGUAUGCACGCGGAAGUCUCUGCGUGCUCCACUGCUGACAAAGUGUCACGCUGCCGCCACCAUCGCUUCACAUUCACACGCGUCCCACGGGCAGGAUGAGAACCGGGGUGCAGGUGAGGGGCCGCCCGCCCCACCUGGCUAGGGUUUAAUUUAUUCCGCGCCUGCAGAGAGGGGCAUCGCUGGUGGAAGGCUACGUUGGUGGCAUGGAACGCCCAGGGAGAUGCUCCAGAAGCAUCCGGACUCCCACCCCGAGAGCUGUGGUUUCUGGCAGAGCCGUUCUGCGGUGUACAUUUCGCUCCUGGUUAUUUUUCUAAGUUAAAAUAAAGCGCAGACCUCUCACCACUGUCCUUUUGAACAUGUGUCUUGUCCCUCUGUCCUUCCGCCACGGGGGUGAGAGGAAUCAGGCCUGUUUUCCUGCCGUUUUUGCAGACUGCGAGUAAGACAAGACUGGGACAGGCGGCGGCGAGGCCGGCUGGAGCACGUGGGGCACUCGCGCCCUUGUUCCUAUCCCCGGUGACCUGUGCUCAGGAGCCCACCCC